AUGGAGAGAGCGAUGGAGCAGCUCAACCGCCUGACCCGCUCCCUGCGUCGCGCCCGCACUGUGGAGCUUCCAGAAGAUAAUGAAACUGCUGUCUAUACAUUAAUGCCAAUGGUUAUGGCUGACCAGCAUAGGUCUGUUUCAGAAUUAUUAUCCAAUUCAAAGUUUGAUGUCAAUUAUGCAUUUGGACGGGUGAAAAGAAGCUUACUUCAUAUUGCUGCAAAUUGUGGAUCAGUUGAAUGCUUGGUUCUGCUGCUAAAAAAAGGAGCAAAUCCUAACUAUCAAGAUAUUUCAGGGUGUACACCUCUUCAUUUGGCAGCUAGAAAUGGUCAGAAGAAAUGCAUGAGUAAAUUAUUAGAAUACAGUGCAGAUGUCAACAUUUGUAAUAAUGAAGGACUGACUGCAAUCCAUUGGUUGGCUGUAAAUGGAAGAACAGAACUACUUCAUGAUCUUGUACAACAUGUCAGUAAUGUGGAUGUUGAAGAUGCAAUGGGACAGACAGCAUUGCAUGUUGCUUGCCAGAAUGGUCAUAAGACAACAGUUCAGUGCUUGCUAGAUAGUGGUGCUGAUAUUAAUAGGCCAAAUGUGUCUGGAGCCACUCCACUGUACUUUGCUUGCAGUCAUGGCCAGAGAGACACAGCACAGAUUCUUCUUUUACGAGGAGCAAAAUAUCUGCCAGAUAAAAAUGGAGUAACCCCACUGGAUUUGUGUGUACAGGGUGGCUAUGGAGAGACAUGUGAAGUAUUAAUUCAGUAUCACCCUAGGCUUUUCCAGACAAUUAUUCAAAUGACACAGAAUGAAGAACUUCGAGAAAAUAUGUUGCGACAAGUUUUGGAGCAUUUGUCCCAGCAGAGUGAAAGCCAGUACUUAAAGAUUCUGACAAGUCUUGCUGAAGUUGCUACAACAAAUGGUCAUAAACUGCUUAGCCUGUCUAGCAAUUAUGAAGCACAAAUGAAGAGUCUCUUAAGGAUUGUGAGGAUGUUUUGUCAUGUCUUUCGAAUUGGCCCAUCCUCUCCCAAUAAUGGAAUUGAUAUGGGCUACAAUGGGAAUAAAACUCCAAGAAGUCAGGUGUUCAAGCCUUUGGAGUUGCUCUGGCACUCAUUAGAUGAAUGGUUAGUGUUAAUAGCCACAGAGUUGAUGAAAAACAAAAAGGACUCGACCAACAUCACAUCUAUUUUAUUGAAGCAAAAAGGACCAGAUCAGCAAGAUACUACUUCUAUACCUUCAUUUGGCAGUCCAGGAACUGGGAACAGUGAAAAUCUAUCCAUUGACACAGGGGAAUCUAAACCAGAUGAUGUUGCAGGGAAGCAGGAAGCUAAUGUGGAUUGUCAGGAUGUUAUCUCCAUGACAGCUAACCGGCUAAGUGCUGUCAUUCAAGCUUUUUAUAUGUGUUGCUCUUGUCAGAUGCCUCCAGGAAUGACUUCACCCCGUUUCAUAGAAUUUGUAUGCAAACAUGAUGAAGUUCUUAAAUGCUUUGUCAAUCGAAACCCCAAAAUUAUUUUUGACCACUUUCACUUCCUCCUUGAGUGUCCCGAACUGAUGUCAAGGUUUAUGCAUAUUAUAAAAGCACAGCCUUUUAAAGAUCGUUGUGAGUGGUUCUAUGAACAUUUGCAUUCAGGGCAAUCAGAUUCAGACAUGGUACACCGACCAGUGAAUGAAAAUGAUAUUCUGCUGGUUCAUAGAGAUUCUAUUUUUAGGAGUAGCUGUGAAGUUGUGUCUAAAGCAAAUUGUGCAAAGCUAAAACAGGGGAUUGCUGUGCGUUUCCAUGGAGAAGAAGGCAUGGGGCAAGGUGUUGUACGCGAGUGGUUUGAUAUUUUAUCUAAUGAGAUAGUUAACCCUGAUUAUGCACUGUUCACCCAGUCAGCUGAUGGGACAACUUUUCAGCCCAAUAGCAACUCAUAUGUUAAUCCUGAUCACUUGAACUAUUUCCGGUUUGCUGGACAGAUCUUGGGAUUGGCUUUGAACCACAGGCAGCUGGUCAACAUUUACUUUACAAGAUCAUUCUACAAGCACAUUCUUGGUAUUCCUGUAAAUUACCAAGAUGUGGCAUCUAUUGAUCCAGAAUAUGCUAAAAAUUUGCAGUGGAUACUGGAUAAUGAUAUUAGUGAUCUGGGUUUAGAAUUAACCUUUUCCGUUGAGACAGAUGUGUUUGGAGCAAUGGAAGAAGUGCCUUUGAAACCUGGAGGUGCAAGCAUUCUUGUAACACAAGACAAUAAAGCAGAAUAUGUCCAGCUUGUUACUGAGCUCCGAAUGACAAGAGCCAUUCAGCCUCAGAUCAAUGCUUUCUUACAGGGCUUCCACAUGUUCAUUCCACCUUCCCUUAUACAACUUUUUGAUGAAUAUGAACUUGAGUUACUGCUUUCUGGUAUGCCAGAAAUUGAUGUGAGUGAUUGGAUAAAAAAUACAGAAUACACAAGUGGUUAUGAAAGAGAUGAUCCAGUUGUUCAGUGGUUCUGGGAAGUUGUAGAAAGCAUAACUCAAGAGGAGAGAGUGCUUUUGUUGCAGUUUGUUACUGGCAGUUCUAGGGUCCCACAUGGAGGCUUUGCAAAUAUCAUGGGUGGAAGUGGAUUACAAAACUUUACAAUAGCUGCUGUGCCCUACACUCCAAAUCUGCUCCCAACCUCAAGCACAUGCAUCAACAUGCUCAAGUUACCUGAAUAUCCAAGUAAGGAAAUCCUUAAGGACAGGCUGCUUGUGGCAUUACACUGUGGAAGCUACGGUUACACGAUGGCAUAAUGAAGUCUAGAAAACUCAUCUGACUACUGAUGCACGAUUCCAAGUGGCAGAAGUCAUUUAGGAAACUAUCACAGAGAAGCAACCUAAAUUCAGCCUGGAGGCAGGGCUGAUGUUUAGAAUGCCUAAAGGAUC